AUGAGUUUGGCUAUUCCAUUGUUUGGUUUAGAGUAUUUCACUGAGGGUGCUGAAGAUCCCUGUUCAUCAAAUCCAUGUCAGAAUGACGGUACAUGCACAGUGACAGGGGAUGGAUUUAACUGCUCCUGUAAAUCUCCAUACUCAGGACAAUUGUGCGAAAGAGAUCCCUGUGUACCAAAUCCAUGUCAAAAUGGUGGGAUGUGUACUUUGACUGACAAAGGUUUUAACUGCUCCUGUAAAUCUCCAUACUCAGGAAAACUAUGCGAUACAGACCCCUGUUCAUUAAAUCCAUGUCAGCAUGGCGGGACAUGUAUUGUGACCGAUAAAGGAUUUACCUGCUCCUGUAAAUCUCCAUACUCAGGAAAAUUGUGCGAAAGAGAUCUCUGCUCAUCAACUCCUUGUAAGAAUGGCGGAUCCUGUACCAUGACAGCCGAUGGAUUAAACUGCAUCUGUAAAUCUCCAUACUCGGGAACAUUGUGCGAAAGAGAUCCCUGUGUACCAAAUCCAUGUCAAAAUGAUGGGAUGUGUACUUUGACUGACAAAGGAUUCAUCUGCUCCUGUAAAUCUCCAUACUCAGGAAGACUGUGCGAAACAGAUCCCUGUUCAUCAGAUCCGUGUCAGAAUGAUGGGACAUGUACCUUGACCCACAAAGGAUUCAACUGCUCCUGUAAAUCUCCAUUCUCAGGAAAACUGUGUGAUUCAGAUCCCUAUUCAUCAAAUCCAUGUCAGAAUGGUGGCAUAUGUACCUUGACCAACAACGGUUUCACCUGCUCCUGUAAAUCUUCAUAUUCAGGAAAACUGUGCGAUACAGAUCCCUGUUCAUCAAAUCCAUGUCUGAAUGGCGGUACAUGUACUGUUACAGACAAAGGAUUUACCUGUAUUUGCAAAUCUCCAUAUGCAGGGAAAUUCUGCGAAAAAGCUAACUUCUGUGAAACCAAAUCACACUUAUGUGGUGAAAACGGUUUAUGCGAAGAUUUGCUAGAUGAGCCUGGAAGAGUGAAAUGUACCUGUAAGGAAGGUUAUGUAUUCAAUGGCGAAACUUACAAAAAAGACCUCUGUACAGCUAAGGAGUAUCCAAAAAGAGUCUGCCCCGGUGAAGAAUGUUUGCCAGACGAAAUAUUUGGCUUCAAGUGUAAAUGCGAAGGCAAAUUAACUUAUGAUAAAAAUGGUGUCACUUGCAGAAAAAAAGUGAUGUGUACCGAAGGUCGUGGAAUUAAAAUCUGUGCCACCAAAUCUGCUACUUGUGUAGAAGACUCUGAUGCUUCCGAUGGAUAUAGAUGUGAAUGUGGUAAGGAUCAAGAAAAAGAUUCUAAUGGUAUAUGCCAAGGCAAUACAUGUGGGUGGAGGGUGUCACCUUUGUUGAAUACAUCGCCGUUCAGUCCCCCAGAUGAUUAUCAGAAACAUCUGCUGUCGAAUAUGAUGCCUUUCCAAACCAUUAUACCAGUUGUGAAGGAUGUGCGGCCCUUUGCAGAAGAUUGA